AUGGCGCGGACGCAGGCUGCGGGGUCUAAGACGCGGACGGCGGCGAGCAGCGCGCAACUGGCUAGACCAGGAAGCAAACCUUCAACUAGGACUUGGGGGGAUAAAAAGGAAGGAGAAUACGUUAAACUCAAAGUCAUUGGACAGGAUAGCAGUGAGAUUCACUUCAAAGUGAAAAUGACAAUGCAUCUCAAGAAACUCAAAGAAUCAUACUGUUAACGACAGGGGGUUCGAUGAAUUUGCCUCAGGUUCCUCUUUGAAGGUGAGAGAAUUGCGGAUAAUCACACUCCGAAAGAACUGGAGAUGGAGGAAGAAAAUGUGAUUGAAGUUUAUCAGGAACAAACGGGGUCUCAGAGGUACCUGAAGAGGUGA